AUGUCUCGGAACAUUCCGAUCGUCGACGCAGAUGUCGAAACAGAUUGCCUGAUCAUUGGAGCGGGCCCUGCUGGGGCCUCUUUGGCAUGUUUCUUGAUAAAUUACGGACUCAGAGUGAUGGUCAUCUCGGACGCGCCGGGAACGACGGCCACUCCGAGGGCGCAUCUGAUCAACAUGGCAGGCCUUGAGUGCAUGCGAGAUCUUGGCCUCGAAGACGAGUGUCUACGCCUGGGAAACCGAGGGGACGCGCUCAAUUCGAUCCGUUGGUGCUACUCUAUAACCGGGGUAGAGUAUGGACGAAUCCAUGCCUGGGGUGCUGGUCCAGCAAAGAUGGGCGAAGUGGCGGAUGUCAGUCCCUGUGCGUCUCUGGAUCUCCCACAGACUUACCUGGAGCCGAUCCUGGUCCGCUAUGCGACCACUCACGGUGUCAAAUGUCUGUUCAACACGUGUUUUGCGGAACUUGAGCAAGACGCCCAGGGCUGCGUGACGACUGCUGUGAACAAAGUCCUCGGCCAGAAAUUCAAGAUCCGAUCCCGCUACGUCUUUGGUUGCGACGGAGCAAGGAGCCCAGUGGCAGCUCAGAUCGGACUCUCGUACAACGUGCAGCCGUCCGGAGGUGUUGCAUACAAUAUCCUGUUCAAUGCCGAUUUGGGCGACGUGAUGAAACAUCAAACCGGACACUUGCAUUGGAUCAUGCAGCCGGACACGGACCUGGAGCACGGAAUUGCGCCCGUGUUGCGCAUGGUCAAGCCGUGGCAUCAAUGGAUCCUGGUGGUAUUCCCCAAGCCAGGAGUCGACAUUAAAGCUUUUGGCUCCUCUCAAGAAGCUACGAACCAGGUCAACGAUCUGAUCCGGGCAGUGAUAGGUGAUGACAAAAUCCCCUUUGAGGUGGUGGACAUCUCGAGCUGGAGGAUCAACGAAACGGCCGCGAAAUCCUAUUCCAAAGGCAACGUAUUUUGCCUCGGUGAUGCGGUCCACCGACACCCUCCCAUAUUCGGCCUCGGGAGCAACACCUGCAUACAGGACGCCUACAACUUGGCUUGGAAAGCCGCGCUGGUCCUCCAGGGGAAGGCAGGGGAGGCCCUGCUGGACACGUACAACGUGGAGCGGCAGCCCGUUGGCCAAGAUCUGGUCAAGUGGUCCAACGAGCUGCUACGGAACCACGCGACGGUCUGGGGCGCGAUUGGCAUGUUUGGGGAGACGAAGGAGGAGCGCAUCAAGGCCAACAGGGAACUGUCGGAGGCGUCCGCGGCCGGGAGGACACGACGCCGCGAGCUGUUUGAGGCUCUCGAGCGACACCGCGGCGAAGGCGACAGCGUGGGCAUGAUGAUGAACCAGUGGUAUACUUCCCACGCCGUCUACCUCGCCGACGAAGAGGGCCCUCAACUGCCCUUCCCCGGCGACUACCUCACCCAGGCCCGCGUCAGCACGUACCCGGGCAACCGGCUCCCGCACGCCUGGCUCAGCAGGGACGUUCCCAGCGCGGAGGUCUCGACGCUCGACCUGGCCGGGAAAAGCGCCUUUUCGCUCUUCACUGGCCACGGCGGAGACGGGUGGAAAGCCGCGGCCAGGCGCGUGGGAGAUCGGCUCGGGAUCACCGUCCACGCCUUCGCCAUUGGCUUUGGCCUCGACUACGCUGACAAAUACCGCGAUUGGACCAAGAGGAGAGAGGUGGACGAGGACGGGUGCGUGCUCGUCCGACCUGACCGGUAUGUCGCAUGGCGGGCGAAGACGGUGGCAGGGGGAGGGGCAGAGGGAGUGACAAAGACAGAAGCUGCAAGAUGGUGCGAAGAAAAGCUCGAACGAGUCUUGAGGUCGAUCCUGUCGCUCUAA